AUGGUGCAGCCCUCGCGCGGGGACAGCGAAGGGCCCGGGAGGGGAGAUCCAAAGAAAGACAGGGACUCAGAGGCAAAAGAGGGAGAGUCAUUUCAGAAGCCUCCUGAGCCGCCGAGGCCUGCCCGGCCGCUGGCCGACCCGCGCUUGGCCGAGAGGGAGGACGAGGCCCGGCGCGGCGGCCGCGGCAUCUGCAGCUUCACGUCGGACCAGGAGCAUGCAGAACGCACGGGAGGGCUGGGUGACGACUUGUCCUUGUCGGGCGGGGGUGAGGGGGCCGGGGGCACCUGCUGGGCGCCCGGCAGGGGAGUCUUGGGCCUGCAGCUGGCGGUUGAGCGAGGCGCGGGGGAGGAGCCGACGGAGGGUAGGGAGCGGAGGGAGGCGGAGCGGGGCUGUCGCUUCCCAUCAGGCGGAGGAUUGUUCCCGACACGCGCAGGCCCCGCGGCGUUUCUGUGUCAGGGAGUUUUGCCGGCGCCGUGA